AUGGACAUCGACUCUGUGCAAAGUUUCGAGCAGCUAUGCACAGAUAUGGGCAUCCCACAACGCCUGCUCGAAGCACUGCGAGCCUCAGGCUACCGCACCAUUGCAGAUCUAGCAUUCAGCCUGCCCGAGCAGCAUUACCUCGAUGCAUGGCUGACAGCACAGCCCCAGGAACUCUGGGACGAACUGCAAGUUCAGGAUACCGCCUGGAGCCCCGUGAUCGGGAGACUCCGCCGCACAUUGGCGCGAUGCCAAACCAUCACCUCAGGCACCGGCCCGGCCAUCAGCAGCCAAGAACCUGCACCUGCCACCAGCGCCACUCGCAAUGCGCACAUUGCCGAGAACGCAGACCGCAAAAUUUGGAGCGAACUAUCCGCAAUGUGCGCACGCGGCUGGUCACUGGACGAUUCACUGCACGAGCUUACCCACAUUCGCAGCGACCUGCACACGCUGCUGCAACCUCGACCUAGGCCACCUAAUACCCCUAAAGGCAAAGGCAAGGGCAAGGAGGACAAAGGCAAGGGCAAAGGCAAAACCAGCAAAGGUGUCCGCAACGAUGCCCUCAAGCAGCCUUACGCAGGCCACAGCACGCAGGACUUGGCAACCGCUAAAGGAGACAAGAAAAUAUGCCUGCGCUUCAAUAAAGGCACCUGCAACAACCCCAACUGCAAAUUCCUGCACAUCUGCGGGGUAAAGCAGAGCAACGGGGAGCCGUGCGGCAAGAAGCAUGCAGCCUGGCAACACCGCGACACGGGCCCCUCCGCCCCGCGCUCGCCAAGCAGCGACUCCUACUACUCAACCACCAGCACCUCCGGCUCAGAGGCAUCCGCGCGAGACCCUGAUGCGGCUACACCCAGCAUCACUACAACCAUGCCACGCCUAUUCCUAGACCUUUUUGCGGGCACGACCAGCCCGCUUACAGCAGCGGCCAAAGAGCUCAACCUGGACAGCAUCGAGCCUAUUGACGCACUCGCUAAUCCUAAACACAACGUGCUCGAUGAUUGCUUCUAUGCAAUCCUGCAAAGGCUAUGCUGGUCAGGCCUAGUCUCCUUCAUUUGGUCUGCGCCGCCCUGCGAGCAGCAGCAACGUGUCGACUCCAGCGCAGAGAUCCAUGCGCGCAGCCGCGCACUCGUCCGCGCUGCCACCGCUAAAGGAGCGGAUGGCGGUUUCGAGCAACCAGUCGACGCCAUGUCCUGGCUUGAGCACGACAACGUCCAACUGCUGUGCGAACUCAACGCCACAUGCGCGCACGUUGCAGCCUGCGCACACGGCUUGAACAUCCACAAAGCAUGGGUGUUUUGCUGCACUCUCAGGGAAACCGCAUCCCUUGCCUCAGUCUGCAAACAUCACCGCGAUGAGCACACCUCCGUUUGCAACAAGAGGGACUCCUCGGGAGCAUUCACCAGCUCCACAACUGCAAAAUACCCCAGCACGCUUGCAAAAGCACUGUUGACGAUUGCGCAACCUCGCAUCAGCUCAACCGGGCUCCACAGCAUAUCACUACAGCACGCUCUGUCCUUGCUGCCAGUAUCCAUGCCGCCUCAUCCCCGCCUUUUAGUCUGUGACGGGUCAGGACAAAACAGCACAGCAGACCACUCUCUACCGUCCAACGACAAGCGCAUGUCAAAGCUGCGCGAAGCCUUCAUGUCCUACGUACAGGACAACAACCUCAUGCAGCAAUUGGCAACGCACCUGUCACAGGCAAAGGACACGCAUCCCCUGUCGGAAAAACAACAGUUAGACCUGGCCUGCCUAGCCCAUGCAAUCGUGCACCCUGGAUGCACGGAUACGAACUGCCUUAGAACCAUCGAGGCAGAACAAUCUACCAAGGUGCAGCAGAACGAGAAGGAACGCCAAUUCAUCACCGUGCACAUUGACCACGUCCCCGGUUUUGGGAAUGACUUGGCGGAUGGCCGGAGCCGGAGCUACGACCCACUUUUUUGCGCUUUGAAGCUGCACGCCGCUCUGAAGUCCCGCGGACUAGUGCUUGGCAGUGCACGCCAAGAGUUUCUCGAGAACCGACAGCCUGAAAGCCCAGGCAAGCCAGAAGGAACCGUGUUUUGGAAGAUCUGGGUUGCGACAUGCCCGCCCAUGUGCAAGCGUGGGCAACCUCAAAAGAUGGACCCGUCCGUGCGGAAGUCCCGCAUGUCGUGGGAGGCAUUCGGUCCGCAGAUGGCUCCCGACUUGAGUUUGUCAGUGCCGCGGUUGGGCACCGACAAAGCCGUGUCGCACCCAGUGCAGCUUCUGAUACGUGGUAUCUCCGUCGAAAAAGUUGGCACGGCGCUCAGCCUUUCCUUGUCGCCUUGGUGUGUGAAUCUUGGUGGUUGUGAUAUCGCCAUGCCACUGCAAGCAACCUUGCUUCAGCAACCUUUUGCCAGCACGCGGAGGCCUCCCGAAGAGCCGCUGACUCGUGGCAUCGCCCUUCCCAGCGAUCCUUCUGGGCACGUGAGUCCCAGCAAAGAGUCGCGGGUGCCGAAUCUAGGUUUGAAGCUGGGGCCUGGCCAAGGCCGCUGGCCGCUUCCAUGGACAGAGCCCAAGCGGGAGGAGCGGCGCAGGCCCGGCGUGGCUUUUGAAAAGAAGGCUACGGGGGCAACGCACGCACCGAAUGUGCCGCCGGCACCGCAGGCACCCCUGCUGAAGUCCAGCUCAGAACCCAUGGUGCCCGCAGACUUUCCCUCCACCUUGCGGCGGGCCCCUGCGAACCGUGGGAGUGCUGGCACAAGUUCUGGCCGACGUGGCGCAAGGGGCUCAUUGCACGAUCUUGUGGAGCAGCUGGAGAAUGGUCUCGAUGGCAUUACGGAUGCAUACCUGCGAGUCCACAAGGCCAAGGCCAGCCGACUUGCCGUGCGAAAGGGUCUCAACAGAGCACGCUUCCAAGCGAACGAUGCUCCUUUCGAUGCUGUGGACCAUUCUGAACAGCAACAGGCACAAGUGACUGCAGCGCAAGUGAUGCAGGAGCUUGUGAAUCUGAGAAACGAACUCACAAGGCAACGCGAAGAGAAUGAUCGGCUAAGGGCCGAGCAAAGCACAGCACUUGAGCGAGUACGGCAAGAGAGUGCAGCUCAAGUUGCGGAAGUGCGAGCACAAGCGCAUACGGCAGUGCAGCAGGCGACGGCUCAGAUGGGCACGAUGCCACAGUUGGUGAGCGACAUGGUCAAGUCGAACAAGGAACUGGUUGAGGCCAUGGCAAAGAAAGGAGGACCAAACGAGAAGCUCUGUUUGGUCGACACAAAGGGCCUGGGAAAGCCGACGACCUUCUCAGGUGAGAGUGAACAGUUCCUACCAUGGAGGCAUCGAAUGUCGAGCUACGUUUGUUCGAUCCACCAUGAUCUGCAAGAAGUUCUAGAGUGGCUCGAAGAGAGGGAGAAGCCAUUCUCCUCGGAGGAGUUGGACACAGCCUUUGGAGAAAAGGCGUUGGAGGCGGAUCGAGUUCCCAGACUGCAAGAAAAGUCGAGGGAGCUCGCGAACGCGCUCCAAAUGGUUACCUCGAAGGAACCAUUUACGAUCGUGUGCAAUUGCCAGAACAACGGGUUCGAGGCAUGGAGACGCCUUACGAGGCGAUACGAUCCUGCGACUGCAAGCAGGAAGCGCACGAUGUUGAGAGCGAUUAUAUCGCCCCAGAAGCAGAAGCUGGAGAAUCUCCCUCAGGCCAUCGAAGAAUGGGCCGACGCUGUGCGCACUUACGAGAAGCGCAAGGACAGCACAGGGCGACGAACGACCCUGGCUGAUGAGAUAAAGAUGGCAGCACUGGAGGCAAUGUUGCCACAGGAGCUGGAGUCUCACAUCCAGUUGAACCAGAGCCGGUUCUCCACGUACGACGACGUGCUCGACGAGGUGACUCGCUUCAUCGAGUACAAGACAGGAAAGAGUCUGAAGGUGAUUUCUGCAGCCGCAGCCAGUGCGGCGAGCAAGGAUGAUCCUAUGGACCUGUCGUAUGUGGAGAGAGGCAAAGGAAAAGGAGCAAGCAAGGUCGUGUGCCACAACUGCGGCAGGAGCGGACACUAUGCCCGCGACUGCUGGAGCAAUGGAGGCAAAGGUUCGCAGCAGCAACGGGGCUCACCCAAAGGAAACAUAGAAGAAGGAGGAGAGAACGCAGGAGAAGGAAACCAGGACGAGAACUGGCAGGAAGGAGAAGAGGAUGAAUGCUGGGAAGACGGAGACUGGGGAGAAACCUGGGAGGACGGUUGGGAGGAAGCAGAAACAAACAACCUCUACGUGGGAGCGUUAGAAAGAGAGAGCCCGAAGAGAGAGAAAGAGAAGAAGAAGAAAGAGUCGAAGCCAGACCCCGGCAGUCGUGGCUCAAGUAGGGAAGAGGGCUCCGGCCCGACCGUGCUUGGGGCCAUGGCGCCAAAGGACCCGAAAAGGAAGGUUCCUCCAAAGGAGGAAAAAGACGAGGAUGAAAAGGAGCUGGAAGCUCUGGAAGAGCAAAUGGACAGAGCAAGGGGUCAGUUCCAAGACCUGAAGGAAAAGGUGGAACUUGCGAGGAGACGUCGCCAGGAAAGACUUCUUCAGGAAGCGGAAGAGCUGGCAGAAGCCAGGAGACGUUCCCGCGGCGAGGUGCCAGGGCAGUCCAGCUUCGGAGCGUUUUCGUCUUCGUCGCGAGGACCUCCGGAGAGAGUGCGCGAGCCAAAGGCCGGAAAGAAAGAGGAGAAGAAGGAGGUGAGGUCUAAGGCUUUGGACACGGCACCCUGGAAGCGCGUUUCGCGCUACCGGGAGCCACCAGUGCCUGAGCCCAAGACCCCUCCAAAGGCGAAGCAAGAAAGGCCGAGAACACCGCCGAAGUCACCACCGCCUUCCAGGACCAAAAGUCCGCUUCUCAAGCCGAAGGUAGAGCCAAAGAGAACAGAGCCAAAGUCACCACCUUCGAAGCCAAAGGUAGAGCCGAAGAGAACAGAACCAAAGUCACCACCUUCGAAGCCUCCACCUGGAAGUGAAGAAGUGCAGCCAAGAAGCGAAGAGGUGGAGAGACAACUUGCUACCACAGCGCCGAAGUGGGGAGCCUCAAGGAGCCAAAGACCUGUGGCGAAGGCAAAGCCAAAGCUUCUAAGGAGUCCGGCGUCUUGGGCAGGAAUGCGCUUCAGGGAACGUGUGGCCCACCAAGAUGCCAUACGAGACAAGAAGCCCAGAGGCACCGUCGGGGAGUCCUUACUGAAGAAGCAAGGCGAGGCCUGCUCCACCUGCGGGUCGAGGCGACUGAAGUUCAGGAGCAAAGCGUCCCUUCUGCUGAAGAAGAGGAUGAAAGAGUACAAGGCAGCAGCUGCAAAAGCAGCGGGCUCCCACUACGAAAGGAAAGUUUUCGAAAGAGAAAAGCUUGUGAGGGCCGACAGGCCCAGCAAGGCUGAGCUGAGGAGCGCAAAGGUAGCCGAGAAGGUGAAGCAAAGGGAGGAAGAAGCCGCUGGUGAAGAAGAAGAAGAAGAAGAAGACAAGUUUUCCUUGGAGCCGGAGAGCUCCGAGGACGAAAGCGACUUCGAGGAUGACCCUCCAAGCGAGGGGCCCGAGGAACCCAAGAAGGAAAAAAAGAAGAAGCCACCAAAGCAGGAAGAAGGAACCGAAGGAGCAACCGCGAUCACGGCAAGCACCUCGAGCAGCAUGCAAAGGAUGCUAGCGUCGGGUCUUAUGGAGACCAACCGUGCGAACCUCGCGGUCUUGGACCAGAGGAUCGCGACAAAGAGAGAGAAGCUCGAGGGACGCGGCAGUGACCCAGAGCUGGAAGCCGAGAUCGCGAGCCUGGAAGACGAGCGGAAGCGCCUGAAAGAGGAGCGUGAGCGCCUCAGGGCGCAGCAAGCGGGCGUGAAGAAAAAGGAACCCGAACACCGCAGAGACCAGUCGGUGCACGACGUGCGCUACAAACGCCAAGUGGAAAAGGGAGACAGUCACUGGAAGGCUUGGCGUGCGGAAAAGGGACGAAGGAGAGCGCAAGAGCACAGACGCAGCGGUGUGGGCGAAAGAGCAAAGGAGAGGAUCGAGGCCGACAAGAAGUGGCACGCCCGGCACGACGUGAAAGUGAAAAAGGGCGACUUCCGCGAUAACCAGAAGGAAGAGGUCGACGGCAUCGACACGGAGGUUAUCCACAGCGAUGGGACGGAGGCCAAGCCCGAGCGGCGAAAGGACUACCGCCCCCUCACGAAAGCCGAAAGGACGAGCCACCGCGUGGAUGUCGACGACGAGGAGGAGCUCUACCGGAAGGAGCUCGAAAAGCAGGAAAGGCCGAAGGCGACCGGGCGCUACUCGGCGGACCCGUCGAUUGCGGCCGAGCAGAAGAAGAAGAGGAACCAAAAGAGAAACCAAAGGCGCAACAAGCUGAAGAGGAAGCUUGGGUCGACCUGGGAUCCAGAGCACAAAGGAAGGAAGAAGGUCAAGAAAAGCGAAGACGACGACGAAGAGACUGUGCACUGUGAAGACUACGACGACCGCCGCGACCCAAGAGGAGAAGACCCGGAGGACCCGGGCGAAGGAGGCGUGCGCCAAUCGGUGCACAGCUUCGAGACCGUGGAUGCUGCCAGCCUGGGCGCUUCGCCAGGCGUGGCUAGCGUCGAGGUCAACUUUGACACGGGAGCGGCCGUGACCGUUCUGCCUGAGAAGUACGUGACGCAGCCAAAGGACAACGGCGUCCGCUACAAGACGGCGUCAGGUGAGGCGCUGAAAGACCAAGGAAAAGCCGAGGUCACCGGCACUUUGUCGGGAGGCCGUGGGGCCACGAUCACCGGCCGAGGCGCCGGGGUCCACCGCAUACUCCUGUCAGGAGCACAGGCGUGCAAGACGCAUUUUGCGUUUCUGCACGGAACAGGAGGCUUGCUGGUCCCAAAAGGAACUGCUUUCGCUAAGGAGGCCGACGAGGCGUUGCGCCAGUUGGCUUGGAAGCACAAGGGUGUCGGAACCAAGAUGCAAGUGAAGAACGGCAUCUACGUGUUUCCUCUGCAAGACGAGAAGAAAGGAGUGAAGGGCGGAAGCAAGGGCCAAGAAAAAGGAGGCACUGAAGACGACCGCUUUGCCGAGGAGCCGGAGGCUCCAGGCGAAGAACAACAGAGGGCGAUAGUGCCGAAGAGCCCAGACCAGCCAACGGCUGACCAGAUCGCACAGCACGAAGCCUCGGGGCACGCGGUGCACCGUUCCUGGUGCGUCCACUGCCAGAGAGCGCGAAAGAUGGUGAAUCCACAUUACCGGAUUCGGAGAGCCGAACUUGAGACAUCUUUGCCGACGCUACACAUGGACUACUUCUUCCUGGGCAAAGAAAAGCAGGAAGACGACGUGAUGCCGCACCUGGUGGUUCGGUGCGACAAAACGCAGCGCACUUGGGCAACUUCGUUGCCCGAGAAAGGCACGCAUGCGUACAACGUCACGUGGUUGGCCAGCGUGAUACGCGAGGCCGGAUGGAAGAGGAUGUGCUUAUUCUCAGAUAAUGAACACGCCCUCCGUGCGCUCAAACUCAAGGCCUCCGAAGAAGUCCAAAAUGUAGUGUUCGACUUGAGAGAGAGUCCUACAAGUACGGAACACGAGAACGCGCCAUCGAACGGCAUAGCCGAGGCCGCAGUGAGAGAGGUGAAGCGAAUGGUCCGAGCUAUCCUGUCGGAGCUGGAGACAAAGCUUAAGAUCGAGGUGGGCGUGGACCACCCGAUUCUCGCCUGGAUCGCGAGGCAUGCAGCGUUCUUGAUGACACGUUUUCGCAUUGGCGAAGACGGGAAGUCAGCUUACGAAAGGACGCUGGGCCGACCGUGGAGGCGACCUACCAUUGUCUUUGGCGAACAGGUGAUGUUCAAGCCAGUUGGUUCGAAACACAAGCGAGGAAGCCUAGAUGCAAGAGUUUGCAUGGGACGUUACGUCGGAACUGCGUCGAGGAACGCAGACUUGCUGAUCAUGACGUCCGAGGGUAUAUCCCGGGGCCACUCCUUGCACAGGAGGCCCGAGGAUGAGAAAUGGCCUGUUGAAGGUUUCGAAGUGCUACGCGGAUUGCCUUGGAGGAUGUCCGGUCCACAAGAGCGAGCGUCGCCCAACCGAGUCGGUAUGCCCGCUCUCGAAGGCGAACAACCCGCGCCACAACACCGAGACUUCAAGGCACGCAACCUGUACGUCAUGAAGUCCGACAUUGAGCUGUACGGCUACACGCCUCAGUGUCCGGGAUGCGAUGCGCAGCUGAUGGGUCUCCCGCAGCGAGCGCACAAUGACGAGUGCAGGAUGAGAGUGCAGAGAAGACUGCAAGAAACCGACGAGGGAAAAGAAAGAGUGAAAAGGGCCCAAGAGCGAGUUGAAAAGGACUACGGAAAGCGGGUCAAAAGAGACCAACCCGCGCUGGAAGGAAGACCUGCCCCCGACGCAAUGGAUGUUGCAGCAGAGGAAGCGGCAGGCGCACCUUUGUCCAGACCAAUGGAGGUCGAGGACCGCGCCGAGCCGAAACAGCGGAAGCGCGCAGCGUCCAAGGACGUCGAGGACCUUUACCGGGAAGAGCCCAGCACGAGGGCUACCGAUGGUCCAGAUGUCGAGGUCAUUGGAGUACACGUGCAAGGGGGAGCAAGUGGCUCUGCAGGACCCGGCCUGGACCACUCACGCCAACAAGCACGAGCAGAUGCAGAAAUGUACGACACAGCAACGGCGAAUCCGCCGCCAGCCAACGAGGAAGUGCGAAUGAACCUGAUUACGCGGAUGUUCGAACAAAAGGGGCUCAAGUGCAGCCCGACCGAAGCGAAGGCCAUAAACUCUAUGGUUCUACAGUUGGGAGGUAAUGGCAAUUCAGCUGUGCCCUGGAGCAUGGUGAAUGAAGGCAUUAUCUUGCCAAUGGACCAAGAGCCGUCGAUGUUCGCUCAGGCCGAGCAUUUGCGUUUCUUCGAAAAGCUGGAACAAGUGAAGCCAAAGCUUCUGGUGGGCAAGCUGCCCACUGGACCCUUCCAGUCAGUACAACGUGCUUUCGACAUGACCAACAAGAUUGGAGUCGAGACCAGACGCGGAAAUUUGAGGAAGGCCCGAUCUCAACUGGGGCUUUGCUUUGAGACCUUCGAGGCACAGAAGGAAGCCGGAAACUACUUCCUCUAUGAGUGCCCAAGGGGAACUAAGUCCUGGGAGCAUGAACUUGCUCAAAGGAUGGGUUCGUACUUGGUUGAAGGCCCAAUGUGCAAGUGGAAAGUUGACGAAAGUGGAAAAAUGAUUGCAGGCCAAUCCGGCAAGAAGCGAACCCGCUGGAUUACUAAUUCGGCGACGGUUGCAACAGCGCUGGAAAAGCUAUGCAAGGGCAAUGCGAAGGUGUGGAACCGAACGCUAAGCUUCAAGGAGGGGAUCGUGACGGCCAAGGCCGAGUAUCCUCCGAAGCUUGAAAGAGCACUACUGGCAGGAGUGCGGGCACAACUGGUUCUGGAUGGAGAAAUGAAGGAGGUGGGCCAUGUGGGUGGACCUGACCCACACGAGGAGCCACCGCUCGAAGAGUAUCUCCAUGACACCUUACCCAAGGCUGGGCAGCUUCACGUAAGCGAGCCCGUCAUAGACGCAAACACAGGGGCACAACUUGAUGCCAAAAAGGUUGCGGAAGCAAGAGCGUCAGAACUUGCCUGGGUGAAAAAGCAAGGUGUGUACGAGAAAGUCGAAGAGAGCGUGUGUUGGGACGAAACAGGUCGUCCGCCCAUAACCUUGAAGUGGGUAGACCGCAACAAAGGGGAUGAUGUUCGGGAAAACUACCGCAGUCGUUUGGUAGUCCGCGAGGUCAAGUCACAGGGACAAGCGGCGUUGAUACCAGACUACGCGCUGUUUUCCUCAAUGCCACCUCUGGAAGGAUUGAAGAUCCUAUGCAGUCUGCUGACGACACUCAAGAGGUCAAAGAGCGGAAAGAAGCUCACGCUGAAGCUGACAGACAUAUCACGUGCACACUUCUAUGGAAAAGCAGAACGACGUGUGUUUGUCACACUUCCCGAGGGAGAUGAAGCUCCCGGCUUUUGUGGUCUGUUGAAACGGACCAUGUAUGGCACCCGUGAUGCCUCAGCUGUAUGGCAGAGAUCGUACACAAGCCUGUUACGCAAGCACGGGUUUGUCGUGGGAAAAGCAUAUCCGUGUACCUUUUAUCAUGCCGAAGCCGACGUGAGAUUAUUGGUGCAUGGGGAUGAUUUCCUAGUCUUGGCAGACGAAGAUGGACAUCGCUUUGUAGACAAAGUACUGUCUGAAGAGUACGAGUUCAAGUGUGAUGGCCACAUAGGACCUGAGUGUGAAAAGGAUAGCAUGACUGUCCUGAACCGGGUCGUGAGCUAUGACAGCCAGACAGGAACUGUUACGUACGAAGCGGAUCCAAGGCACGCGGAAGCCCUAGUACGCGACCUUGGCCUGGAGUCUGCGAAGGCGGCCAAAACGCCAGCAGAAAAGAAAAAGGGAAGUGACCUGAAAGCGAUGCUUGAAGCACAGCCGUUGAAUGCCGAACUUCAGAAAGCAUAUCGGUCUCAUACGAUGAGGGCAGCGUUCCUUGCGCAGGACCGUCCAGACAUUGCGGAGGCUACGAAGAGCUUAGCACGGCAUAUGAAAGAACCCACAGAGUGGGCAUGGGCCGAUCUGAAGAGGCUUGUCCGCUACUUACGCGGAAAUCCACGGCUGAUCUACGAGUACCACCCGCAACGGUUCAGCAAAGAGAUUGUGAUGUACUGCGACUCAGACCACGCUGGUUGCCUCAUCACGCGGAGGUCAACCACGGGACUGGUGACAAUGCUUGGAUCGCACUGCGUGAAACACUCAAGCAACGUGCAAAGCACGAUCUCCCUUUCGAGUGGAGAGAGUGAGUUUUACGCUAUAGUUCGAGCAGGGUCAAUAGGUCUGUCGCUACAGGCGAUGCUAGAAGACUGGGGAUUAAAGGUCGGUCUGCGGAUUCGAUCUGAUUCCUCGGCGGCCCGAGGCACUACCCAGCGCCAGGGCCUGGGUCAAGCACGCCACGUGCAAACAAGAUACUUGUGGGUGCAAGAGAAAGUCGCCACGCGAGCUCUGGAGCUAGAGCGUGUAGGCACGGAGAAGAACUACUCCGACAUCUGCACCAAACCAAUGCCCGAAGUGGCAAUGCUCAAACACCUCAAGAACAUGGGAUUGCGUUUUCAUGUUGGACGAGCCGGAGCAGCCAAACGGCUCGUGUGA